GUGUUUUUCAUAAUACUGUGUGUUGGGAAAAGGUGGCUGGCAGGUUGGGGUUUGUUUGAAUGGAUGACGAUCCAAACGAAUAUUAGACUUUUCAUGGCGUCACGGUAAGGAGAGGGAAAGGGUAAGGGUGGAAACUGAAAUCUGUUUGUACUAUUGUACUCAAAUCAGCUGAAGCAGCGUUGCGGAAGCGGAAGAAGAAUAAUAUUAAUGGCGUGAAUUAAAAGAAUUUCAGUUUACGUGAUCUUCCCUAUUCCCUUUGAUCUAUAAAUUCGUCACAUCACAUCGUAUCAAUCGAAUUCAUUGUCAUCGAUGGCCGUUGAGAUAGAGGAUAGCGACCCACGUGAUCUUCCGUCUCCUGGAAGCUUAAGGUAUCUGAUUGUUCGCCCUGAGAACGGCGGAAUCAGAGACCUGUUCAAGCUACUGGUCUCCCCCGACUACGGGGGAAGCGCCGCCAAGUUCCUCGAGAGUUCCGACGAGGACGCCGUGGCGGAUGAAUCGUCGGGCGGCGGCGCCGUGGCGGCCGACCACCGGUGGGUGAUAUUUGUGUCAAUUUUAGUUCGGAAGAUCAUAGCGGUGUUUGGGAAGCCAAUGGAGUGGACUGGUUACUUCUUCGAGUUCCUUCUCAAUCUUCUCGCUGGCAACGCCGGUCUCUCCGGUUUGCUCUGGAAUCUUCUCCGAGGAAAGGUGGUGAUGCCACAGAGAGGUUCAGAGACUUUCAUAAGCGCAAUCGGGCAUUUGGAUAGGAGAAUAGAUCUGUACAAGAGCAACUCCUUAGCGGAAGGAACUGGUGAUCCUGCUUUUGGAGAGAGGGUCCUACAAGUAGAUAUUGGAAACGGGUCUCUCCUGGACUUGUGUAUGAUGGCCUCCAAGUUAGCGUACGAGAAUGCCAAAGUUAUUAAAAAUGUUGUAAAUCAUCACUGGAAGAUGCAUUUUGUGGACUUCUACAACUGCUGGAAUGAUUACCAGAAGGAGAGGUCUACCCAAGUUUUCAUACUGUGCGAUAAGCGAAAAGAUGCAAACUUGAUAUUGAUCAGCUUCCGGGGUACAGAACCAUUUGAUGCUGAUGACUGGAGCACUGAUUUUGACUAUUCUUGGUAUGAGAUACCAGAGUUGGGGAAAGUCCACAUGGGAUUUUUGGAAGCUUUAGGUUUGGGCAACAGAGCUGAUACUUCCACCUUUAACAAACUUCUCCAACCAGAAGAUACUAGGUUCAGCUCUUCAAAUGGACUUGACUUGAGAGCACAUCCUUCAGAAUAUUCUGAAGGUCUUGUUCUUAAUGGUGAGAAGCCGCUCAUUCCCCAAAUGGCGGAGAUGUCUGCUUACUUUGCAGUGAAAAGUAAACUCAAGGUAUUACUUAAUGAACACAAGACUGCAAAAUUCAUAGUCACAGGCCAUAGCCUGGGAGGGGCUCUGGCUGUAUUGUUCCCCACAGUGCUAGUGCUGCAUGAAGAGAGGGAACUCAUGCAAAGGUUGUUGGGUGUUUACACAUAUGGACAACCACGUGUUGGGAACAGGCAAUUGGGAAGGUCCAUGGAGGCCCAUUUGGGUAACCCUAUUCCUAGGUACUUCAGGGUAGUCUAUUGCAAUGACCUUGUGCCAAGGUUGCCUUACGAUGACAAAACCUUCCGGUACAAGCACUUUGGAAAGUGCCUUUACUAUAACAGUCUCUAUGUUGAGCAACAAGUUGAUGAGGAGCCCAACAGAAAUUAUUUUGGCAUCCGAUACAUGAUUCCAGAACAUUUGAUUGCGGUUUGGGAGCUAAUUAGAAGCGUGAUCAUAGGUUACACGCAUGGGCCAGAGUACAAGGAAGGAUGGAUAUCCAUAUUGCUCAGGAUAGCAGGACUGGUUAUGCCUGGUAUUUCAGCACACAGCCCUACAAAUUAUGUCAAUUCCAUAAGACUUGGAAGAGAUGGAAUCAUCGAUAUGUCUUCUCAAUGAAGGCUUCUUAUGCAGAAUACUGUUUGGAUUCCAACAGACAUCAAGGUAUGAAGUCAGACAACAUUUGAAUGUGCAUUGCUGAUAUUGAGCUGUUUACUUGAGUUUUCGUGGUUCCGAGCUAGUAGAGCUUUGUUUUUUGACAUGUUUGAAUGCCAUUUCUACCUAGAGGCUUUGAAACAAAUACGAUAAGACAGUUUGUUUCUGUUGGUUUCAUUUUGCAGAUUUUGUCCCACGAAAUUCUGAGGGUUCCCCUUCUAGAAUGAUGGUAAAAAAACCGUCUUUAGUGUAUGGGCCUUUCUACUUUGUAAGGGUUGGAAGAGAAUCGUAUUUGUA